GUGCAAUGAAAGCCUUUCACACUUUUUGUGUUGUUCUUUUGGUAUUUGGGAGUGUCUCUGAAGCCAAGUUCGAUGAUUUUGAGGAUGAGGAAGAUAUAGUAGAGUAUGAUGAUAAUGACUUUGCUGAAUUUGAGGAUGUCAUGGAAGAUUCUGUUACUGAAUCUCCUCAACGGGUGAUAACCACUGAAGAUGAUGAAGAUGAGACCACUGUGGAGUUGGAAGGACAGGAUGAAAACCAAGAAGGAGAUUUUGAAGAUGCAGAUACCCAGGAGGGAGAUACCGAGAGUGAGCCAUAUGAUGAUGAAGAAUUUGAAGGUUAUGAAGACAAACCAGAUACUACUUCUAACAAAAAUAAAGACCCAAUAACAAUUGUUGAUGUUCCUGCACACCUCCAGAACAGUUGGGAAAGUUAUUAUCUAGAAAUUUUGAUGGUGACUGGUCUACUUGCCUAUAUCAUGAAUUACAUCAUUGGGAAGAAUAAAAAUAGUCGCCUUGCUCAGGCCUGGUUUAACACACAUAGAGAGCUUUUGGAGAGCAACUUUACCUUAGUGGGAGAUGAUGGAACUAACAAAGAAGCCACAAGCACAGGAAAGUUGAACCAGGAGAAUGAGCACAUCUAUAACCUAUGGUGUUCUGGUCGAGUUUGCUGUGAGGGCAUGCUUAUCCAGCUGAGAUUCCUCAAGAGACAAGACUUACUGAAUGUCCUGGCCCGGAUGAUGAGGCCAGUGAGUGAUCAAGUGCAAAUAAAGGUAACCAUGAAUGAUGAAGACAUGGAUACCUAUGUGUUUGCUGUUGGCACACGGAAGGCCUUGGUGCGACUGCAGAAAGAAAUGCAGGAUCUGAGUGAGUUUUGUAGUGAUAAACCUAAGUCUGGAGCAAAGUAUGGAUUGCCAGACUCCUUGGCCAUCCUGUCAGAGAUGGGAGAAGUCACAGAGGGAAUGAUGGAUACAAAGAUGGUUCACUUUCUUACACACUAUGCUGACAAGAUUGAAUCCGUUCACUUUUCAGACCAGUUCUCUGGUCCAAAAAUUAUGCAAGAGGAAGGUCAGCCUUUGAAGCUACCUGACACUAAGAGGACACUAUUGUUUACAUUUAAUGUACCUGGCUCAGGUAACACUUACCCAAAGGAUAUGGAGGCUUUGCUACCCCUGAUGAACAUGGUGAUUUACUCUAUCGAUAAAGCCAAAAAGUUCCGACUCAACAGAGAAGGCAAACAAAAAGCAGAUAAGAACCGUGCUCGUGUAGAAGAGAACUUCUUGAAGCUGACACAUGUGCAAAGACAGGAAGCUGCACAGUCUCGGCGGGAAGAAAAGAAAAGAGCAGAGAAAGAGCGAAUCAUGAAUGAGGAAGAUCCUGAGAAACAGCGCAGGCUGGAAGAAGCUGCUUUGAGGCGUGAGCAAAAGAAGUUAGAGAAGAAGCAAAUGAAGAUGAAACAAAUCAAAGUAAAAGCCAUGUAAAGUCAUCCCAGAGACUUGAGUUUUGAUGCCACCUGUCAGCUCUGAAGUCACAGGAUGCAAAGAACACCAGUCCAUUUCUCUCCUUAAAUUUCAGACACUCCCAGCCAACUGAGAAAUCUUUAAUUCAUCUUCUACUCUGCUUUUGGUUUGGAGUUUUACAGGGUUUGUAGAUUGAAAAAGUCUCUGUUUCAGUAAUUUUCUUCUGGAUAAUCAAAUUAUUUUGAUUAUUUUAUAAAAGGAAUGAUAGUGAAAUCUGUAGUUUUAACAUAUUUUUAAAAUUAUAACGUGAAUCAGCAGUGCUUUUAGUACUUCAGUGUUUGAAGAAGUAUCAUGAAACUUAUAGGUAGAUUGUUCCUUUUUGUUUAAACUAGGCAGUUGAAAUGGCUAUGAAGACUUACUCUAAAAGAUUCCACAAAUAGCUAUUGGAAUUGCACAAUAAACAUUGCUUGGUGUUUUUUUCUGUGUCUACAUUAAACUUGUAAAAACAUAAAAUUUAGAACACUAUAUGUAGUAAUGAAAUUUUAGGGACUCAAUGCAGUGUAUGUUUCAUGGAUGGGAGGUGCUGAUGACAGUAUGAUAGGAAAUCUGUAAGUAUUAAGAUACUACAUGAAUAAUUCUAGGGAUAGAUAGUACAGGAGCACAGUUUUCUCCUUACCUGAUACCAUGAGCUAAUGACAGUGUGAAUGCUUUCAUUUUAAAUGGUUGUAUGUUUAUUUUUCUUGAGUAACAUAUGCAUGAAAAGUUAACACUUCACUUAGAUUAGUUCACAGUUAGAUCAUUGAUCUGUGUGAAGUCUUACAUUUUCCUUCUGGGUCGCUGCAAUCUAUUGGAUGUUCAUGGAGAAGCUCUAUUCUCUGUGCUAUGGCUAUGUACCUUUGCUUCUCCCUCUGCUUUUAUCUCUUCUAUAGUUGAAGCUGGGUGUGUUCUUUCGAAGAAAUAGCCAUGAAUAUGCAUAAGUAUACUUCAAAAAAUGAGCUUUCCCAAAUUAUUGAGAGUCUUUCUGCCUUGUGAGGGGAAUAUUCUCGGGGGAGAGGCCCAUCUAUCUGCACAAGCAUUUAGCUUGUACAGAUCUCUGCAUUUUAUAAAUGCUUCCUACUAAGAAAGCAUUUUUUAGGUCAUUGCUUGUACCAGGUAAUUUUUGCUGGGGAUGGGAAAGGGUUGGGUUUUCUGGUGGGAGUGGGGUGGGUGGGUAUAUUUUGUUGAUUGCUUUAUGUGCAGGUCUGUUCUGAGGCAAUAACAAGAAGUUGCUGUGAAAACAGCAUGUGCUGCUGCCUUUUAACUGCAUGGAAACUUUUCACAUGGGUUUUUCUCUAGGUUAAUACAGAAAUGUAUAAACUGAGAGAUGAUACAAAUGUAAUGUUUUUUUAACAGUUCAUGAAAUUAAGUUAUUAAAAUAAAAAUAACAAAAUUUUGUUACUUUAAUGCUAUAUAAUUCUGGAAUUAGCCUUGUUUUAUAGACAUUUAAAAUAUAUUCUAGAAGUCAAAGUUGAUAUGUUUAGUUAUCUUUUAAGUAAUAAAAGCUUUCUUAAAGUCCCAUACAUCCGGACCAUGGCAGCUAAUUUUGUAAUUUAAGCAUUCAUAUGAAUUACCUGUGGACAUAUAUUAAACUGAUUGUCAAAAUCUCA